AUGAUCAAGUUGUUCCAACGUCUAUGCGACCUUGAGCAAGGCCUUAUCCUCAGAGCCAUGUGGCAGCAGAAAUCUUUCGCUGACACCCAUCGCCGAGAUGUGGAGUUCCGACCGGGAGAUAAAGUUUGGAUUAGCAGCAGCAGUUUGCCCUCCCUGAACCGGCCCUAUCAUCGAGAAGAUCGGGACACUCAGGGGAAUUUCGGUGGCUCCUACGAGGUUAACUGCAUUAUGGAUAAGCUGGACGACGUGCGACCUUACAACACCUGCUCAAAUGGCGCGGCGUCCCUGAAGAUAGCGCAAACUGAUGGAAACAAAAGACAAGAAGCCAGAUACGGGGGCCUGGAGAGGAGGAGGAGGCGCAGCGGGCGUUUAGGCGUCACGGAAAUGCAAAAGAAAAAGAAAAAGGAGACAGAGAAGGAGAAGGGGCAGGAGACGGAAUCAGCCUCGUUCAAGAUUUUGGACGAAGAAGGAGAAGGGGAUGAAGAAGAAGGAGAAAAUGAUAAUUCUCGUGGCAGUGAUGAGGAUUAUGCGCCGGCAGCGAAGAAGACAAGGCAAGAGGAGUUAAGGGAGGAGCACGUAGAUACAUUUUCCCCCAUAACUCCUCCUUUUGUUGCUGGAGCUCAUGCUGCAGCAGCACCGGCAGCAAAAUCACCAACAGCAGCAGCAGAACCAACAGCGGCAGCAGCACCAACAGCAGCUGCAGCAACAACACCACCAGCGGCACCAACAGCAGCUCCAGCACCAACAGCAGCAGCACAACCAACAGCGGCAGCACCACCACCAACAGUGGCAGCGGCGCCAGCAGCAGCAGCACCAAAAGCAACUGCAUCACCAACAGCAGCAGCACCAACAGCAGCUGCAGCAACAAGAGCAGGAGCAGAACCAACAGCAGCUCCAGCACCAAUAGCAGCAGCACCAACAGCAGCAGCACAACCAACGGCAGCUCCAGAACCAACAGGGGCAGCGCCAACAGCAGCAGCACCACCACCCACAGCAGCUCCAGCGCCAACAGCAGCAGCACUACCACCAACAGUAGCAGGGACGGCAGCGGCAGCUGCACCAACAGCAGCAGCAGCACCGCCAACAGCAGAAGCGGCGCCAGCAGCAGCACCACCAACGGCAGCAGCAGAACCAACAGCGGCAGCGCCAACAGCAGCAGCAGAACCAGCCGCAGCACCGCCAGUACCAACGACAGGAGCGGCGCCAACAGUAGCAGCCCAAACAGCAGCAGCAGCAGCAUCACCACCAACAGCAGCAGCAUCUCCAAGAGCAAGCGAAGGAGAAGAUACGGCGGAGAUACUGCGACAGCACAUAUUGCAGUACGUUGAGGAGACUUCAGCAGAAGAUUAUUGGGAUCUAGGAGGGCAGCCGGCCUUGCUUAUCGCCUCUGUGCAUCUUCCUUCUCCAGAAGAGCAACAACAGCUGCAGCAGCAACAUCCGCAGCAACAGCAAGUGCAGCAGCAGCUGACAUAUAAUGUAAACCAUCACCCCUUCUACAGAUAUCCUCCUGUAGCCAGUGAUGCCGUUCUUUCGAGGGAGUUAGAGCGGAGGCAGUCGUUGGCAUCUCGACGGACCUUAAGCGAUAUGGGUGCUCUUAUAGCCAUUAAAAAUAUCUUGAAGAAGCCAAUAUUAAACUCAGAAGACCUCAAGCGUCUAUUGGAGUGUCUCGAGCAGCUAGUUCAGCAUACACUGCAUCGGAAGAAGCAGGUCAUCGAUCAUCUAAGCCCUAAGUAUGUUGUAGAAAAGCUCGCCAUCGCACUGGUGCUAACAGAUGCAAUGUGUGUUGCAGCAGAGAUAUUAGGAGAGAAAGCAAAGAAAAACGAAUGGUGGAAAACAACAUUAGACACCCUUCCGGUGUAUACGCGCCCCUCUCAGUCUGCUGUUGCCCGCCGCACAGCAGCACAAAAUGUGCUGCUAGCCAGGCUGCUGCAGAAUGGACUUGAAUUCUAUAAAAGGGGGUUCAGACCACCCCCAGGUUAUCUUGUUCCUCUUAAGCAGAUUAUCUUUUCUACACCGGCGGUGCCGGCGUUGCAGAGAGGUCCAUGGGCGCGUUUCCGGGAUGAUGACGAAGAGUGGCAGCAGCAGCAGCUGCUGCUGCUGCACCUGCAGCAUCAUCUGCAGGUGUCGCAGCCACUGCAACAGGAACAGCAGCAGGAAGAGCAGCAGCAACAGCAAAAGCGGCGGGAGGAGCAGCAGCCACAACAGCAGCACCAUGAAGAGCAGCAGAAGCAGCAACAGCAGCAUGAAGACCAGCAGCUACAGGACCAGCAGCAGGAGGAGCAGCAGCAACAGCAGCAGCAGUAG